AACAGGGCUGUAGUUUAAAAUUAACAAAACGCAUCUGCUCAGUUAGAUUCGCAGGGUGAAAAGGAUUAGAAAAUUGUAAUAGUUUACCGAUAACCAGGAGCAAUGUAUACGUAAUUUGAAAAUCUUAAUGUUCGCUAUAGAAGACUCGUAUUCCUACGGGCACCAGCUUUCUAAGUGGCUAUGAAAGGAUAAUAAUUGUAUUCCAGAUGCUCUUCUUCUUGGGUAUAAAAUGAGCCGUCCAUGUAAUUUUCUAUAAUCUUGUUUUAAAUAUUUUUAAAAACAACAGCUCCCAUCCAAUACUCUCACAAAGACCUUGGUAUUAGUUGCAAGUUAGUUGCAUUUUUUUUGAUGUAAUUAGCAAAAAAACAUCAUUGGAUUUGUGGAAGGGGAAGACUAAUAAUUAAUUUAAUAAUUUAUGAACAGAAUUGUGAAUGAAGUUAAAUCGCGUGUCAAUGUUUUACCGCCUAAAUUGAUUUUCGUGUGUGUCAUUAAAAUAAAAAAUUAGCAGCAAAUUUCGCACGCCAUUUUAUUAUGUUAGUUGUUGUUGUUGUUGUUGAUGAUGUUAUUGAUGUUAUAUUUGUUGUCGUUCUUGCUUUUGUCGUCAUCAAUGAUCCUAGCAAAACUCAAACAUCAAGAAUUAGCCAUUUUAUAUUUAUUUUUAUGAAGAAAAAAGCUGGUUUAGUAUAUCAAUUAAAUCCUCAAAUCUCUUGGUAAAUUUGAUUGAAAAGAAGAAUUCGCUUAAAGAGAAAAGAGGGAAUUGGAUAUUCCGACGUUUUUUAAAAUUAAAAAAAGUUUUUUGAGCAAUUACAUAUAAUCAGCCAAAGGAUAGUUGAAAGAAGAUUAUUCUCAUUGAUAAAACUAAGAAAUUAUCUUACAAAAUAUGUUUACUGACUUCUUGCCGUGUAAGCCGAUAUUUUAUGUUGCCAGGUGAUGCCAGCAAAAAGGUGAUAGACAAUGGAAAAAGAAUCGCCCAAACAUUAUGAAGAAUACUUUAGUUCAUUCUCGAACGCGUUCGAAUUGAAACGCGGAGAAAGUCCGACGUCAAUGGUACAAAAAGAACUUUCCGAUGACGAAUACGUCUGUCAAUAUUUAAAUCAUUCGAAUAAUUUAAUCAAACCACAUCUAAAGAAAGCCAACUCGUGGUCCAGCAUAGAUCCAACAAGAAUUUUCGAAAGAGAUCAAUACCUCUCUCCGUAUAUAUGUACAAACUACCCACGCUCACGCAGUCAAACGUUACCAAUUGUUUCAAAACAUUCAGCUCUAAAAUCAAAUCAACAGUACAGUGCUUCAAAUCUUCAUUUAGAGGCGUUCAGUGAUGAAAUGAUGACAAGUAGUAAGAAUACUUACAGGACCCAGAUUGGUCUCGGUGCUUCUACAAGAAGAGAUCGCUCUGGUACGGACCCACCAUCGAUAUCGUUAACAACUGAGCUAGGACAUUCUACGGAACUUUUACAUAGUCCAAAGUAGCAAAAAAUAAUUUUUUUCAUAAUUUUUAUAAACAUUGUACUGUUGCUACAUGUCUUGACAUAAUUGGCAAGACAAAUUCCACGCUCGCUCUUUUUAAGCAUUGUUGUGGCGUUUCAGCUGGCUGGCCUAUUAACCUUUGCCAGAAAAAAACAGCCUAAAUUCCAAUAAGGACUUCAAUUAUUGAAUUGACAGGGAAGGGGGUGUUUCAUGUGGUUUGUUGUUAGUUUUUAUCAAAAAUAGGAUAAUAUGACUUAAUUUUGUAAACGGUUGUGGACAUUGCUUUGUUAUCGAUCCAGAAUAUCAGUGCGUUGUAAUUUCAUGUAUAAAUUUGUUGUGAUGGUUUGACUGAAACUGUGUGGUUUCUAUUAUGCGAAUUUGUAAUUCUAAGUUUCCUAUAUAAUUCGUAUAUAAUUCCUAUAUAAUUAUAAUUUUAUUUGUAGUAUAUUAUACAAUUCUUAAUAUACAGUAGACUCCCGGUUAUUCGAAUUUACUUCGAAUAACCGGGAGUUCGAAUAACUGAAAAAUUCGUUUUCCCGCCAGAUUUUCAACUUAACCUUAAUGGGAUGGACUUUUCUUAAGUAAUUGAGGCAUUGUGGUUCAGUUGAGCGUGUAAACACAAAGAAUUUUUACUUUUUAAAGAAAGAAUAAAUUUGAACAAAUUGUUAACAGGUUUUAAAAUAUGAAAGUUAUAAAGAAAAUGUAUCUAGUAAAUACAAGGAGUUCAACUCUUAAAAAAAUCUUUAAUGCUACAUUGUUUUUUACUAUCGAUGUAGUGUUUUUGACAUGUACGUGUUAUCAUGUUUAACUGCUUU